UUUCACUAUCCAAACACACACAAAUACACCUUUUUUAUUUAUUUUUUUAUUUUUUUUAUGGCAUGACCCCAAUUUCACUCUCAGUAUCAAAUCCUUCAACUCAAAUGUCAUUCACCAACGGAUUCCGUUUAUUCCGCUGCUACAAUCAACUCUCUUCUUUACCUCUUUCCACUUUCCGUUUACCUAACCGUUUACGUUCCGUUAACACUCUCCGUUUUCUCUCCGUUACUUCUAACCCUAGCAGCCGUGUUACGACGUCGGUGAAUUCGAAGCCGAAAGAAGGUUUGGAUGACGGCGGCGACGGCGGGAAUGGCGGUGUUGUAGUCAUUGGUGGUGGCGGUGGUGGUGAUGGCGAGAAUAGACAUGGAAGGAUUGUUCUUACUGAGCUUCAUAAGGAAGCCACCGAAGCUUAUAUGUCUUAUGCUAUGUCGGUUUUAGUCGGACGUGCUUUGCCCGAUGUUCGCGAUGGGUUGAAACCGGUUCAUCGCAGGAUUUUGUAUGCGUUGCAUGAGUUGGGCCUUUCAUCACGUAAACCCCAUAAGAAAUGUGCCAGAGUUGUUGGAGAGGUCCUUGGUAAGUUUCACCCGCAUGGUGAUACUGCUGUCUAUGAUUCCUUGGUUCGAAUGGCACAGGAUUUUUCAUUGCGUUUCCCACUUGUUAGUGGACACGGAAAUUUCGGUUCACUGGAUGGAGACAAUCCUGCAGCUAUGCGAUAUACAGAAUGCAGAUUAGAAGCACUUGCUGAAACAAUGCUUCUAUCAGAUUUGGAUCUGGAUACAGUUGAUUUUGUUCCAAACUUUGAUAGUUCUCUUAAAGAACCAUCAUUGCUUCCUGCUAGGAUCCCGAACUUAUUAUUGAACGGCGCUUCAGGGAUCGCGGUUGGAAUGGCAACCAAUAUUCCGCCACAUAAUCUUGGGGAGUUGGUUGAUGCUCUAUCCGUGCUAAUUCAUAAUCCAGAUGUCACGGUACAAGAAUUGCUAGAGUACAUGCCUGGACCUGACUUUCCUACAGGAGGAAUCAUAAUGGGAAAUCUUGGCAUUUUGGAGGCUUAUCGAACUGGACGGGGACGUGUCGUAGUCAGAGGAAAGGUGGAGAUUGAAGUAUCUGAUUCCAAAACAAAGACAGCAAUUGUAGUAAAAGAGAUUCCUUACCAAACCAACAAAUCCUCCCUUGUUAUGAAAAUUGCUGAGCUAAUUCAAAACAAGACUUUGGAAGGCAUUAGUGAUAUUCGCGAUGAGAGUGAUCGAUCUGGAAUGCGGAUUGUCAUUGAGCUUAAGAGGGGGUCUGACCCAUCCAUUGUUCUUAAUAAUUUAUACCGCUUCACUGCUCUACAGUCAGGUUUUAGCUGCAAUAUGGUUGGUAUUCUUGAUGGGCAACCUAAAUUGAUGGGCUUAAAGGAAAUGCUUCAGGCCUUCUUGGAUUUUAGAUGCACAGUGAUUGAACGGCGGGCAAGGUUUAAGCUUGCUCAUGCACGUGACAGAUAUCACGUUGUCGAGGGUAUCAUAAUUGGACUGGAUAAUAUUGACGAUGUGAUUGAUGUGAUCAGAAAAGCUACAAACAACUCAAUGGCAUCUGCUGACUUGAGAAAAAGAUUCGAUUUUUCUGAAAAACAAGCUGAAGCAAUACUAGAUAUGAACUUACGGAGACUAACGUCGCUUGAGAGAGAUAAGUUCAUCAGUGAAGGAAAAUCUUUGACUGAACAGAUUUCUCACUUGGAGGAACUUCUAUCUAGCAAAAAGCAAAUAUUGCAGCUAAUUGAACAAGAAGCAAGUGAGAUAAAGAGUAAGUUUGCCAAUCCACGGCGUUCUACUCUUGAGGAUACUGAUCAUGGCACACUUGAUGAAAUAGAUGUCAUUCCAAAUGAAGAGAUGUUAUUGGCACUUAGUGAAAAAGGUUAUGUCAAGAGGAUGAAACCUGACACUUUCAAUUUACAACACCGUGGAACCAUUGGUAAAUCAGUUGGAAAACUGAGAGUCAAUGACACAAUGUCUGACUUUCUUUUUUGUCGUGCACAUGACCAUCUUCUGUAUUUCAGUGACAAGGGCAUUGUAUAUUCUGCUCGAGCGUAUAAGAUUCCGGAAUGUUCUCGUGCAGCUGCCGGUACACCAUUAAUCCAGAUUUUAUCUUCUCUGUCGGAUGGUGAACGUAUUACAUCUAUAAUUCCUGUUAGUGAAUUUGCUGAAGAUCAGUAUCUUUUGAUGCUCACUGCAAAUGGCUACGUUAAAAAAGUAUCUUUGAUGUACUUUUCAUCUAUUAGAUCGUCGGGGAUAAUAGCACUUCAACUGGUACCUGGUGACUCGCUCAAGUGGGUUCGCCAUUGCACGAAUGAUGACUAUGUUGCAAUUGCCUCACAAAACGGAAUGGUUAUUCUUAGCUCCUGUGGGAAUAUCCGAGCACUUGGAAGAAAUACUAGAGGGGCUAUGGCAAUGAGACUGAAAGAAGGCGAUCGAAUGGCAUGUGUUGAUAUUAUACCUGCAGCAAAAAAAGAUGGAAUAGAGAGCGUGCCUGGAGAUCGCCUCACCAACAAACAUACUCAUGGCCCAUGGCUAUUGUUUGUGUCUGAAAAUGGUUUUGGAAAAAGAGUUCCUCUCAGUCGCUUUCGCCAGGGUCAGUUGAAUAGGGUCGGUUUAAUAGGGUACAAGUUUUCAUCCAAAGACUGUCUGGCUGCUGUUUUUGUAGUUGGUUUUACUACAGCAGAUGAUGGUGAAAGUGAUGAACAAGUUGUUCUUGUGAGUCAGAGUGGUACAGUGAACCGGAUAAAAGUCAGGGAUAUCCCUGUACAGUCAAGAUUUGCAAGGGGGGUGAUACUGAUGCGGCUUGAGCUCGCGGGAAAGAUUCAGUCAGCUUCCUUGAUUUCAGCGUCAGAAACAGAGCUCGAGGAAGUUGAAGCUGCUGUCGUAUAGUACAAGUUGAGUUAACAGUGACUAGUGAUCCUGCGUAGAUAUUCCUCUACCCUGGUUGGAUUUGAUUACAACAACCGUGCAUAAUUUUGUGAUUGAAAGUUUGAAAUCAUUAACCAUGCAUGGCAUGGCAAGCCUACUUGAGUAUUGGGCUUCUUGAAUCCACUACAAGCGAAACCCCAGGGAGGGUGGAAGGGGAAGUUUGUAAUUUUUGUAGCACACGUAUAGUAGUUUUUUAUAUAUAAAAUUUUCGUAUCAUACUUAGGGAAUUUCAAAAAGGAUCCCUUGCUCAAUAUCAUGUGUAGAAUGCUUACAUUUGGUAGAGUAAUGCUUGCUUGCA